UGAGGCCACACGUCGCCACCAGCGGACCAAUCAGCGCGGGCCACGGUGAGCCUGUUGGAUCUACUUUCUGGGAGACGCAGCAGCGGCGGACUGUGAGUGUUGCUAACGCAGGAGACGAGCAGAGAGCAGCUAAAACCAUGAGACCACUUUUACUUGGAGUGCUGGGCUGCUCCCUGGUCCUGUCUGUCCAAGCCUUUUACUCAGCUAGUGAUGAUGUUGUCGAGCUCACCCCCUCCAACUUCAACAGGGAGGUGAUCCAGAGUGACAGUCUAUGGCUGAUUGAGUUUUACGCUCCCUGGUGUGGCCACUGUCAGAAUCUGACUCCUGAUUGGAAGAAGGCUGCCACUGCCCUCAAGGGUAUUGUCAAGAUUGGUGCCGUAGAUGCCGACCAGCACAAGUCACUGGGUGGCCAGUACGGCGUCAGAGGUUUCCCCACCAUCAAGGUCUUUGGAGCCAAUAAGAACAAGCCAGAGGAGUACCAAGGUGGACGCAGCAGCCAGGCCAUCGUGGAUGGAGCCAUGAACGCGUUGCGCGCUCUGGUGAAAGACAGGCUGAGCGGCAAGUCUGGCAGCUCUGGCUACAGCAAACAGCAGAGCGGCGGAGGCAGUAAGAAGGAUGUGGUCGAGCUCACUGAUGAUAACUUCGACAAGAUGGUGCUGGAGAGUGAUGAUGUGUGGCUGGUAGAGUUCUUCGCACCCUGGUGUGGACACUGCAAAAACUUGGAGCCUGAGUGGGCAGCUGCAGCCGCAGCUGUCAGGGAGCAGACCAAGGGCAAAGUUCGCCUCGGAGCAGUGGAUGCUACUGUACAUCAGGCUGUUUCCGGCCGCUACGGGAUCCGAGGAUUUCCCACCAUCAAGAUUUUCCGCAAAGGUGAGGAGCCCGAAGACUACCAAGGAGGCCGCUCCCGUGGUGACAUCAUCGAGAGGGCUUUGGAUUUGUUCUCUGAGAACGCUCCUGCUCCUGAACUGCUGGAGAUCCUCAAUGAAAACAUCUUGAAGAAGACCUGUGAGGACAGUCAGUUGUGUAUAAUUGCUGUCCUGCCACACAUCCUGGACACAGGGGCUGCAGGUAGAAACGGCUACCUGGAGGUGAUGAUGAAGAUGUCUGAGAAGUACAAGAAGAAGAUGUGGGGCUGGCUGUGGACUGAGGCUGGAGCUCAGAUGGAGCUGGAGUCCUCUCUGGGUAUCGGUGGAUUUGGUUACCCUGCCAUGGCCGCCAUCAACACACGCAAGAUGAAAUUUGCUCUGCUCAGAGGCUCCUUCAGUGAGACGGGCAUCCACGAGUUCCUCAGGGAGCUGUCUGUGGGCCGUGGCUCAACUGCCACAUUUGGAGGUGGGUCCAUGCCCAAGAUUUACUCUGUUGAGGCCUGGGACGGCAAAGAUGGGCAGCUUCCUGUGGAGGAAGACUACGACCUCAGUGAUGUAGAUCUGGAUGAUGACUUUGACAAGGACGAGUUAUGAGCCCAAACGUGGGCGGGAUCCGAUCCAGAUUGGCUCUGUUGAAUCUGGUCUGGUCCUGUACGACCCGCCUCCCCUCUCCUGUGGACGAAUGGGAGGCGCGGUCGCCCAGUUACUGAAAUACUCCAGAAAAGACACAUGGGAGACACCUGCAGUUUCUCACAUCAUCUUUGUCAGUCUCAUGUGGACAGGAGGGAGGGUGGGGGGCGUGUGUCACGUCCCUGGAGUGAACCCUGCCUCACGUACCUGCUGAACGUUAGAAGCUGCAUAUUUAUACGGCCGCCGCCAGCUGAGGAGAGGGAGGACGAUGGCUCUGAAUGCGGCAUUUCAGUUGUUCAUUUAAGUCUUUCUCAAACAUUGUUCCCCCUCUCCCCUCUUCAGCCUCCCUCAAGCACCUAUUUUAAGAUGUGGACUUGUCAACGUAACACUUCAAUGUCCAAUCUGAUGUGACUUUAUAUAGGGUUUUUUUUCUCUCUCUUUUUAAACCAGUGUGAAUCUUGGUGGGGUUACAUCAUGUCUGUCCAGGACAAGGGAAUACUGUGGGACUUCUUGUGUAGAUUUUUCUUACACGACUUUAUUUCAAUUGUGUGAAAACAAAAUUACAUUUUUGUUACAAAAAUAAAAAGGAAUAAAAACAA